CACUGAUAGUAACGGUCAAGAAAGAUCAACUAGAAAGAUCGAAAUUAUUGUUUUUCAUUACAAAUAAAUUUUGAGUUGAGACGAAGAGAGAGUACACAGAAAAAUGGGAUCAUCAUCAUCAUUAGCAACUGCAUUAAAGAGUCUGUUCGUCGUAUUGGGAUGUUUGGUUAUAGGCAGCAUCAUCUACACUCUCCUCACUGAUGGUUUCCCUUCCUUCAAAGAACUCAACCCGUGGAUGGUGGUAAACCUGAUAGAUUUCUACGUCCAUGUUUUUGUAAUAGGGUCGUGGGUUGUCUACAAGGAAUCCAACUGGAUUAAUGCAAUACUUUGGGUGGUCUUGCUAGUAUGUUUAGGAAGCCUUGCUACAUGUGUCUACAUUGUGUUGCAAUUGCUGAAGCUUUCAACUCAGGAAUCUUUACAGGAUCCUAUUUACUUUGUCCUAUUACGACGGCAGGAAAAGAAUGAAACAGAACGACAGAGGAAGUGUUCUCUUUUAACUGCAAGAAUUCUAUCUCUUGCUUUGAGCAGUCUGAUGCUAGGGAUAUUGAUAUACACUAGUGUAACUGAUGGUUCUCCAGUUCGCAGAGAUCUUUUCACUCCGUGGAUGAUAGUAGAAAUAAUUGCAUUCUUUGUCAAUGCUAUAGCUCUUUCGGUCUGGGUUGCUUAUAAGGAAUCAAGUUGGCUUAGUGUAGCUAUUUUGACAAUACUAAUAAAUUUGUCUGGCGGCACCACUACAUGUGCCUAUAUUGCUGUUCAGCUUUUCCGUCUCUCAUCUGAAGAUCCCGUCUACCUUGUUCUUUUCAGCAACCGCAACAGGGAGAAAAAGAGGGAAUGAAGGAACCUCUUACACAGAGAACAUGGGAGGGUGUCAACUGAGCAAGAAGCUUCAUGGUUGAUUUAGUUCUGAUUUGAUCAUUAGAUUCUUUUUCUUUUUUUUACAUUAAUAAAUAAGUCGACAAAGUAAAGUUCCAAUUUGCAUAUGUUUGUGUAAAAGAACCAAAAUGUUUCCUGUGAUAAUAAUGUUGCUUUAUCUGGAUUAAGUUUUGUUACUCCUCUAUCUUAAGCACAAUGUAAUCCCCUGCAUAAAAGUUAUGUCAUGUUGUAUAUUUCAUACGCAUAGAACAUAUUUAACACAA